ACAUAGAUCUCGUUAUUUAGGCACAUCCUCAUGUAGCCAAAUGUGUUCAGAGCUGAAAGAAAAUGUCUACUAGCGAUGACUUAGUUUUGUCCCUGUGUGAUGAGGUUUGGAAAUGGAGGCUUAAAGAAAGCCCUGAGAUGGCCUCUUAUUGUGGAAUUCAUGAGUAUGAUGAUUUGUGGGAUGACAUCAGUGCAGAGGCAUACACAAGAAGGGAGAAAUGUGUUCAAGAUUUCUUAGCCAAGGCUGUAGCUAUUGACAUCAGUUCUUGUUCAGACAAAGUUGCAUUAAGUUUGACUCUUCUCAUUUAUGACCUUCAGUCAUAUUUAAAAGGGUCAAAGUUUAAAAGUUAUCUCAUGCCCAUCAACUACCUGGAGGGUAUCCACAAUGACUGCAAUCAUAUCAUAUCCUACAUGAACUUUAAAACAAAAGAAGAUUUCCAGAAAUACAUUAGAAGGCUUGAAAAUCUACCACAGAGAAUUGCUCAAGUAGAGGAGGCUCUGAGACAAGGUGUAAGAGAGGAAAUAGUCCAACAUUCUGCUUCUGUCGCAAGAGUUCCUGGUCAAUUAGAUGAAUUGAUCCACAUACCACUAGAGAGUCAUGAGCUAUUAAAACCAUUUACACAAGCCCCAGAGAGUAUUUCAAAAAAUGAUUUAGAUAAGUUCAGAUCUAAAGCAGAAGAGUUGCUGACAUCACAAGUAUUUCCUGCAUUUCAAAAAUUGAAAAAUUAUGUUGAAAAUGAAUAUUUCCUGCACUUGCGCCCAAAUGAAGGUAUUAGUUCCAUUAAAGAUGGUGACCAGUGGUAUCAGCAAUGCUUGGACUAUCACCUGAGCUGUUCCAUGACACCGCAACAAAUUCAUGAUGUUGGUCUUAAGGAGGUAGCUCGUAUUGAAGAGCUAAUUUUGAAAUUGGCAGAGGCUGAAGGCCUUGGUCAAACUUUGCAAGAUAUUUUGGCGGGUAUUAAAAUAAGACAGAAAAAUAUUCUAACCACUAAGGAUGAAGUUUUGGAGUUUGUCAGAAACUUGUGCUACAACAAAAUAAGGCCCAAAAUUUCAUUGCUAUUUAAAGAUUUACCAGACAUUCCAGUAAGUAUAAAACCAGCUCCAGACUUUAUGAAGAAUGCACCUGCUGGUUUCUACUAUAACGGAACACCAGAUGGCUCUAGGAGUGGUUGUUACUACAUCAACAAUCACAAUCCAGAGGAUUGUUUACCUUUUGUGUUACCUGCUUUAAGCUUACAUGAAGGGGAGCCAGGCCACCAUUUACAGGGAGUUUACACACUGGCUGCCAGUGACCUCCCAGACUUCCAGAGAUAUUCUGAGGAUUGUAAAUUCUAUUUACCACCUGGAAAAUUUGCAUUUCACACUGCUUUUUCAGAGGGUUGGGGUUUAUACUCUGAAUUUCUUGGUGAGGAACUAAAAAUCUAUGACAACAAAUUUGAUCAGAUUGGUCGUUAUAGUUUUGAGAUCUUCAGAGCUGUGCGCUUAGUUGUUGAUACAGGGAUUCAUGCCUUUGGGUGGAGCAAAGAGAAAGCUGUACAGUAUAUGGAGACCCACACAUUGAAGUCUAAAAACGAAGUCACCAAUGAAAUUGACAGAUACAUUACUUGGCCAGGACAGGCCUGUGCUUAUAAAAUUGGAGAACUGAAAAUCAAGGAGCUGAGGGAAAAGGCUCAGGUUGCUUUAGGCACCAAAUUUGACAUGAAAGAAUUCCAUCAAUGUGUAUUGUCCUGUGGAAGUGUUCCUCUUCAAGUCCUUGAGUCCCUAGUGGACAAGUUUAUUGAUGACAUACAGAAACAUUAAUUUCAACCCGUUUAGCAGUAGAUAAGAAAAGAGUUUAAAUACUUUGUGAAAUCAUUUUCUUUAUAAAGGCUAAUUUUUAAUACUGAUUAAUGUAAUUAGAUUUUUUAUAAAGUAUCCCUUUCUAUUUCUUUUCAGCUAACUUUAUGAUAGUUGAGCCUUAUUAUUUAAAUUACAAUAAAAUAACGUUUUAUUUACACAUUGUUGAUGCCUAUAUGAUUGGUUCAUUGUAGUUUAACAUUUUAAAGAUUUUAUCAUUUAUUUUAAUAAAAGUUAUACAAAUUCCUGUUGAAAUGGUUUGUAUUUGAUCUUGUUAAUGUUGAGAUUUUUAUUCUUCCUGUGUCAUAUGUAUUUUGUUGUUGUUUAUUUAAGCAUAAUAAUUUUUAUAUUGUACAUAAUAUCUGUAUUAUUUUCCUGUUGUGUACAAAACAUUUCAACCAGUAUAUUCUGAGCAUUUUUACUUUGUUGUAGUUGUUAUU